AUGCUAACGCUGAAUGUAGCUGACUUCAUUUAUAAUAAUUAUGUCCAAGCACUGACAAUUAUCUCUACAACAAACAUAUUCCUCGCCAACUUCCAUGCGUCAAAUGCUGCCCUCGAGCCCAACUUCGAAGAUGAUCUCAAGGACGAGCACCAGGUUUUACAAUGCCUUGCACGCAAGAAGGAAGAAUCCAGCAUUGAAAUUGACUAUGUAAAAGCAUUGAAUGAGUAUGACAAGGCUCAUACCCUUGAUUUACGGGUCAAUUAUUCUACAAGGGAAUCUGGUGACAUACGCCGCUGUCAUUCACAUGCUAUUAACAAACAUGAUCAGAAGCUCGAGGUUGUCAUCAAUUAUGAACAUCAAAUGGCCCUUGACUUGAGAUGGGGUCCAGACCACCCAGAGCGGAUCAAGGCACAAUCAUGCAUUACCAAUCGGCUGUUCCACAAGGCUGUAGACGACGUUGAACGUCUUAUCAUCAUGUGUCUGCUUGAGUUGACUAAGUUGCAAAUGAGUGGACUAGGUAAGGCUUGA